UGUUUUAGUAUUUAAAAUAUGAAUUCAGCAACAGUCAAGGUUUUGAGCUACAUCGUUAAAAUUUAAAAAAGAUGAUGCAUAGAUGAAGAAUAAAUAGUCAAGAAUUACAGUGACUUUAAGAACCUUUGGUCUCCCUGUAGGGCUCUAACUAUUGUUAGUGAUAUCCUUCAAAGUAAGGGGCUCUCUAGCUCUCCAUCUUCCCCUUCGAGGCCCCACUUUGGAGGAAACCAAAGCUGCCGCAACAAUGAUGAAUGGACAUCAUUAAUGUCGUUCAUCUGUUUACCUUUUACACAGCAAUCUGGGGAAAUGAGGGGUCAACAGCAAAAGGGAAAUCUGCUUACUUUGGCACUUCAGUUCCUGAGAGCCACACAUUUGGUCUUCACAUGACAUGACACUGCAGAAGGUGAGGUACUCAUUUAUUCGACCAGCGGACUUUCCCUCAAUUGUGUAGCCUUAUAACAAUACCCAAAAAGAGUUUAAUUGACAUUUUUAUCUUUAUGUUUAAUUUCUGGGUAAGUUAAUGAUUUCAGACCUUCUUAAUAUUCAUGAAGAAACAUCAUGUUUUUCAUCCCUGAUCACCCAUCUAUCUGCAGAGUAGGCUUGAAACUGGAACCUAUAUUUCUCAUUUAGAUAAUGAUUUCAUGGAGAUUUCAAGAGGCAUCACUUAAAUAGAUAGUAUCUUGUUUUAAUAAAUCUUUGAAAAGGCGGACAUUGAAUCUAAGCAGGGAUGACACUUGGUUGACGCUACCAUUCUUUGUGGUUAUAGCUAAAGCAACGAGGACCUCAAGGUUGUUUCAUGAUGUGGCAGCACAGAGAUCCAUCUCCCCUGGAAUAAGCUAUCACUAGAGCCAGGUUUGCUUGUCUUGUCAGCGUGUAUUUAGAGUGCAAACAAUUUGUGUGAUCUUGUUAGGCCCUAUCAGCCAGUGAACCUUUAAAAACACCAGAUAGAUCACUGAGCAGAUGGCAAGACGGCUGUAAGAGUCUGGCUCUGUCCUCUGAGCAAACAAAGUCUGUGCCACUGCUUAGCUCUUAAAAUAUUUGAAACAAAACAUGGCAAUCACUUGGACUAUGUCAAUAUACAGUAGCUUUACUUUUGCUUAUGGUUGGUCAAUUUCACCACUUAGAAGGCAGAAAAUGGCUUUAAUCUUUGGACCAUCUGUACUUGCAAUACUGGCACAAUAAGAUGGACAAAUAGACGGACAGAAAAAGAAGAUUGAUACUGUUGUAAAAGAAAACUUUCACCACCCAGACAAUGAUAGCACAGCUAGAAAGGCAAGGCUAAAACAGAAUAAUUGCAGAGUCCAGUUCCCUGAAGAAUCACAGUUUGCUUUGCUUUCAUUCUGUCCUCUCCCUGAAUUUUGAAGAGCACCCAUCACUGCCAUGUAGAGAUACAAUUUAGGAGAUGACUACUGUGAUAUUGCCCAGCAUAAUUAGAGGAAAUGUCUUUCACAAUCCCUGACUGUUUGCGCUUACUGAUGAUCUGCCUGGGCUGAUGGCAUUGGGGGGAUGUCUCACUCUGCUUAAAGUGUCUGAGAUGUUUAGAAACAACACACUCCUGAGUGUGGUCUGUACAAUGGCAGGAGGCAGAGGAGCUAUUCAGCACUGUUAAGGAAUGUGUGGAAGCCCACAAGGAAUCCUUUCGUUCCAGGGUUUCUCCAAACAGAAGUCCCACACAAGAUUAACUCUAUGUGUCAACAGCAAUGGAAUCUCCCAUUCUGCCUCUGCAAACUUAACUAAAUACUUAACCCUCAGAGGAAAAUCUCUGUGCAUCCUGGAGCCUGGGCCAGCAAUGAGUAUACCAUCCGUGUCACCAGUGAAAAAGUCUAAAUGUUUGCCCUGUCUGAAUAGCUCUUACACAAAGCCCUGAGUACUUAAAAGAGGUUUCUCAGCGAGUCUGUGUAUAUACUCUGUGGUGUAAAUCACCUGCCAUGUAUAGUCUAGAAUUCAGAAAUAAAGCAUCAGCAGUAGCAUCACAAUCUCUGUAAUAACCAUGUACAGCAUCGCAUAAAUUACAUUACAAACUUAAAGGGGAAGCGCGAAAAAAUCUCAUCAGUGAGUACUGAGAAGGCAGAAAAAGCAGAGCAGAGAGAGAGAAGGGGAGGAGAUUUUAAUAGCCAGUAUGUGAAAAGGUAGUGUGGGGCAAUUAGAGGCAAGUGUGUUUUUCUGCCGACGGGAGCUCAGAGCACGACUGAAAAACUGUUGGUGCAACUUCAUGCAUUUUGGUUGACGAUUUUAGACGCAAGCUCCGUUUUUACUUUCUGCACGGAAUGUGCUUUGUCAAAACUGGCUGCCACUAUUCCAAACUGCAUGCAUUAUGGUCGUUUAAGGCUUUGUGCUUUGAUUCAGUUGGUUUCAAAUGUGAUAUAAAAUGAUUUUCGUUUUUGACAUCAUUGUUCCAGCACCUCCAGUUCGCCUCUGGGGCCUUAUUCAUUAGUUAGCACAAUCUACAUCAUCAGGUUACACGCGGCAGCGGAGCUACGUGACUGCACUCAUUCUCAGCAUUACUAAACCGGGAGUAGAUGACUUGGAAAUUCCCGGUCAGCAUCUUUUUUUUUUUUCUUUUCUGAGUAGUUUUGAACUUUUGUUGGAUUGUUUCAUUGUGAGCAUCAGGAGCCGUCACCCCCUCUCCACUCGCAGACAUCGCGAAAUGAAACUGUGUUUUGUCAUCCAGACUGCGGUGGCGCUUCAUCUGCUGCUCUCACCUGCACAGAGUCUACCCUUGUCAAGCAUUAACAACACAACUCAAGUGUUGAUGUUCCAAGAAGUGUGGGGUCGCAGCUUCUGCCGAACCAUUGAGAAGCUGGUGGAGGUGGUUCAGGAGUACCCGUCAGAGGUGGAGCACAUCUACAGCCCCUCCUGUGUGCCACUGGUGAGGUGCGCAGGUUGCUGCGGGGAUGAAAACCUCGAGUGCCAUCCCACCCACACCAUAAAUGUCACAAUGCAGCUGUUGAAAAUCAGGCCAUCAGAGCCAGAUCAGGAAUAUGUUGAGAUGACGUUUGUGGAGCAUCAGACAUGUGAAUGUAGAAUCAGGAAACCUAUUGUGAAGGUUGAAAGGAAAAGACAAAGAGGGAGAGGACGGAAGAAAAAGGAGAGACAAAAAACGAAAGAAUGUGAAAGGUGCCAGAUCCCUCGCAGGUAACUGCAGUGGCGACCCAACCCCGCACCUGCAGUGUGGCUCACUAUUUAUUUCCAGACUCGAACAGCUGGGUUUAUUUUGCUGACAUGCCAUCCUGCUGACGGGCAGAGUGUUUGUAAUGACAAGCUUCAACAGGAAGUGUGUUUUGAUUGGUGGAAACACUGCUGUUACACACCUGACACAAUGGACAUGCCUGGGAGCCAGUGCAAUGUAGAACCAAACCGACCAAUGCCUUCUCUUUUCUACAAGUUAUUACUGUAUCAGAUAUUGUAAUUUGUCAUUUUCUCUGUAUUUAAGGAUGGUUACACUUGUUUAAAAUCUAUAUUUAUUGAUACAACUGAAUAUAUUUGGACCAGCAACCUUUUAAAAAGUUUGUCAUUCUUUGUUCAAACAUUAUCCAAGAAGCCUUGACUUGACAUAGCAGGAAAUGUUGGACUGAGUGUGCAGCUGCUAUGUACAUGCAAUAAUGAAAUGUCUCCCUCUACUGUUUGAUGUGUUUUACUGUCAAUUCAGGCCUAAAUAAAAACAAUAUUGAUCAGAAACCUUAAGCAAUUAAGACACAUCCACACAAGACUUUGUAUACUAUAAAUGUCUGGUAUAUAAAAUUGUCAGAAAUCUAAAUUGUUCUUUGGAAUAUGAAGUAUCUCUCUUUCUCUGCUGUUCUGGAGGGUUGGAUACAAUGUGAAUUACAUAUGUUUAAUUAAUGAAUGUGAAAACUAAUCUUAAAAAAGCAACAGAUUAAAUGGCAACAUCAGUUUAUGUCAAAUCGCACCAGUAAGUGUGUAACAGGCUGCAAAGGGGACGAGGCAAGCCCAGUAAGUAUGGGCAGAUCAAUACUACAAUAACCAAUACACUCAAGCAGUACUCAUUUGGUAUUGAUGCCUAUUAAAGAAUAUCAAUUAUAAUGAUAGUUUUCUCGUUUUAAUGUGAUUGCAAGGUCUUGUCAGAUAUAAUUGCAUUUCUUUUCUUUGUGCAGUUGAACAGCUCACAUUUGUGUCCAUCUUGGUGACACAGGACUCUCACAAGCCUCUGCCACAAAGUGUUUUCCUUUGUUUGUUUUUGGAAACACUGCAGUAAGGAAGGGAUCAAUUGAAGUAGUUAAGUAAAAUUAUGUCCUUUUGUACUGUUUUCUUUUUCAGGUAGGCUACUACACAAAGAAAAUCUCUAUGAAAAUGUAAAAAGUAACAUUUCUAGUGUGUUAGUAUUUUUAUUUCGUUUAAAUAUUUAUUUUUUAUUAAAUUGUUAUGGUUGUCAGUUUGUGUUUUUAAUGUUUUUAAUUAAAUGCCCUACAGACUAUAACAUAACGUAGCCUACCAAUGAGUAUAAUAAUUUCAAAUUAAUUGUUGACAUGCAAAUGUUUUCACAUUCUCACAAAAGAGUAGCCUUCUGUGAUAUCGAUUAAAAAACGUCUAUCAGUAAA